GACACCAAACAAAUGGGCCGGGUGAAGAUAUAUUUGCAUGGAUCGAUCUGGUGGCCAUCGGAUCUCUCACCCCCUUAUUUGCGGUUGAAUUCGAAAACCCUAGCUAGCGAUGAACAACAGCAACGGCGGCGACUGUAGAUACGUGAUCGAUCAAAAUGCUUACAUUAAGCUGGUCCUCCAUGCCUUGAAGCACAAGACCUCAGCCGUUAACGGCGUCCUCCUCGGCCGCCUCUCCGGCGAAGUUGUUGAAAUCGCCGAUUCGGUUCCUCUUUUCCACUCUUCUCAGAUCGGACUUCUUCCUCCUCUCGAGAUCGCCUUAAUUACGAUAGAAGAGUAUUACAGCUCUCAAGGACUGAGUAUCGUCGGUUAUUUCCACGCUAAUGAGCGAUUCGAUGAUCUCGAGCUCGGUACUGUUGCUAGGAAUAUUGCGGAUCAUGUCUAUCGUUAUUUCCCCCAAGCCGCGCUACUUCUGCUAGAUAACAAAAAGCUUGGAGCCUUACGAAACAACAAGGAUAUGGCUCCUGUAAUGCAGCUUUAUACACGAGACUCAUCUAAAAGUUGGAAACAUGUUGAGUCAAACGGGAACAAGCGGUUGACCACCAAGGAGCCAUCUGCCAACAUUGUCCUAUUGGAUUAUAUUUCAUCCGAGAAAUGGAAUGAUGUUGUCGACUUUGAUGACCACCUUGACGACAUAAGCAAGGAUUGGUUGAAUUCUCAACUCUUUAAGUGACAUUCCAAUUUGGCAAGCAAAGAUAGAUCAAGACUCUUAAACGCGCCUUCUUUCCCCAUCUCCUGUAACCUGUGUGUUGUUUUUGAUUUAUUGAGUUUGAAUCGAACACGGAUCAACUACUUUUUUAACUGUAUCAGGAGCAAACAUUGUCUUUUAGAUUAAAGUUAUGAUUUACAAACAAGUUGCCGUCAGUUUCCUUUUUUUUCUAGAAACUCAGAAGGUUAUACUUGAA